AUGGCAACAAUAGUGUAUUCAUUUAAAUUGUACCUACAACAUUCGUUUUUCAAUAAUCCACAGAUUUUAUCCCGCGCAAAACCAGCUAGCGAUGGUAAAAUGGGUAGGAGCGAUUCUGCCAAAAAGCAAUUUCCCGAACUGGAAGAUUUCCUCAUGAAGAGAGAUUAUAGUGGAGCCAUCACAAUGCUCGAGUUCCUAGCGCACGAAGGCAACACAGAAGUGUGGGUGCCAGUGUGGAUAGCAUGGUGCCGCUUCCACCUGGGCGAGUACCGGCGAGCGUUGGACAAAUACUUGGAGAUACGCGACAGAGACAAUCUGGACUCACGCGUGGCUGACAAUAUCGCGUUGGACAUCGCUGUUUGCUAUUUUUAUUUGGGUAUGUAUAAAGAGUCUCAAGAAACUGUAAAAGAAGCGCCGAAUUGUGCUUUGAAGAACCGUCUUGAAUUCCACUUGGCCCAUAAACUAGGAGAUGAGGAGGCUCUCAUGCGGGCGCAUGCUACUUUACGUGAUGUACCUGAGGACCAGCUUAGCCUGGCCUCUGUCCAUUACCUGCGUGCGCACUACCAGGAGGCCAUCGAUGUUUAUAAGAAACUGCUUUUGGAUCGACGUACUUACAUGGCGUUAAACGUUUACGUGGCGUUAUGUUAUUACAAGUUGGACUACUACGAUGUGUCUCAAGAGGUUCUAGGAGUCUACCUGACGCAGCAUCCCACUUCCACUAUCGCUUCGAAUCUGAAAGCUUGCAACUUAUUCAGGUUAUACAAUGGAAAGUCUGCUGAAGCCGAGCUGAAGCAAAUAUCGUCAGAUCAACACACCUUUGGACAAGACCUCGUUAAGCAUAAUUUAGUUGUAUUUAGGAAUGGUGAAGGUGCUCUCAAGAUUCUCCCCGAGCUAGUGGACGUGGUGCCGGAAGCUCGUCUGAACCUGGCGGGCUACCGGCUGCGGCACCGCGAACCGCUGGAGGCGCGCGCGCUGCUCGAGCCGCUGCAACCCUCCUCGCCGCUGCACUACAUACUGCGCGGCGUUGUUGCCGUGCGGCUCUAUAAUGAGACUGGCGAUGAGGAGCAAAUGAAGUUAGCGCAACAAAGUUUCCACAUAGUGGGCAGCUCGGUCUCUGAGUGCGACACGAUCCCGGGCCGCCAGUGCAUGGCCUCCUCCUACUUCCUUGCGGGACAGUUUGAGGAGGUGCUGGUGUACCUCAACUCCAUCAAGAGCUUUUUCGUCAAUGACGAUACUUUCAACUUUAACUAUGCUCAGGCAAAAGUGGGAACAGGAUUUUACCGUGAGGCGGAAGAAUGUUUGCUUCAAAUUCAGGACGAGAACAUUCGCAGCUCGUUCACAUACCUGGCCUGCCUUUGUCGCUGUCACGUUAUGAAUAAGGAGGCGCACCUGGCUUGGGAGAUUUGUCUUAAGUCAGCAGGCACACCGGACAGUUUCGCGUUGUUGCAGCUGGUGGCGAACGACAGCUACAGGAUGGGACAGUUUCUCGUGGCAGCUAAAGCAUUUCACAUGCUUGACAGAUUGGACGGUGGUCCAGAAAUGUGGGAGGGGUUGCGCGGAGCGGUGUGCGGGUGCGCGCAGGCGGCGGCCGCUGACCGCGCCAACGCGGCGGCCGACCUGCGCGAUGCGCUCGCGCUCCUGCGCGGCCCGCGCGCACACCCGCGCGCCGAUCAUAUCGCACGACCUAUCGCAAAAUGGGCGCAGAUGAAUAGGAUAGCUGUUUAAUUCGAUAGGAGGUGCAGAUCUUGGUGA